UUCUCGUCAAGUGUCAUUGUCAUUAAUUUCUAGGGCCUUGACUGGUUCUCACUCCAUAUUUUCUCUCUUCAACCAUGCUAAUCCAAUCGAUUUCUGUCUGAUUCCUAUCAGUUUCAAGAUCGAUAACAAGCAAAAUGCGCUACACAUACACAUACACAUACACCACCGCUGCCCUCGCGCUGGCCCUCGCCAUCGCCCUCCGCAACACCGCCGCCUACAGCCCCGACUCCUGGACCUUCGGCUCCGGCUUCUCCAUGGGCCCCCCGGCCCACGGCCAGAUCACCCAAGCCACGUACUCGAUCGCCGCGCCUGGGGUCCCCCAAGGGACGACGGUGACUGACCCCCGCGACGAGGUCUGGACCUCCAUCUGGAUCGGGGUGUCGGCCACGCAGGGUGACGCGAGCAACAGCCUCUACCAGCCGUUGUUCAAUUGGUCGCCGGAUCAGAAGUCCCAGGGCUGCUCGGCUGGUGCGGACGAGUGGUGCGUGGCUGCGAGUACGUAUACGUCUGCCGGACAAGUGGCGCAGGCGUACGUGCCCGUGGCGAGGGAUGCGCCGGUCGAUUUCGAGAUCACCGUCCACAACAACCAAGUCCACCAAUCCGUCCGCGUCGACGGCCACCGCGUCUCCCACCAGACCGACCCCCUCUCCAACCCCCUGCGGUACCUCUACUCCGCCGACGAAUGCUACACCGGCUCGGGCACGUGUGGCUCGUUGCCGAGUUACCGCUGGACCAACCUCACCAUCGUCCUCAGUGAGGCCGAUCCGCUGUUCGGGCAGACGUUGGCCCUGGUGGGCGCGACGACCAGUCCGCCUGGGUUCUCGACCGUGGACGGGGGCAGCACGUGGCAUGCGGCGGCGGUGGUUAUCCCCCUGGAUGAUUUUACGGCCAAGCACUAGGGGGACCUUUCUCGGGUGGUGCUGUGUGGCAAAGGGGGGAGGGGGGCAUCGUGAGUUGGGAUGUGUCUUGGGUUGGUGGGAGAUAAUAGAGGGAGUUGUGUAGGGGUGAAUGCGGGGAGAGUUCGACUUGAAAGAGGGGAUGGGUAUGUCAUCUGGAAUAUGUUGUCACCCUGGGAGGGGUGUUGAGAAGACUGGAUGGGGGGCGUGUGCUUCGUUCUUAGACAUUUGGUGAUUUCUGAAUUCCCGCGGCUCGCAGGGUUGGCUGUUGCUGUUGGAGUUCGAUUGUAUGUGGCCAGACAUCACGGCUCCGAGUUCGUUGAUUGGACCCAGAUCCGAG